GUGAGGCUCCCCUCAGUCGCUCGCCACUCCACUCCUAAAGGCGGUCACCACUGGCCCCGCCCCGGCGCGGAGAUCUUUCCCCACCAGGUUUCCAUUUGAGUCUCUGAGAUUUGUUCCCAGUCGGAUCUCCAGAUCCUCCGCGGUCAGGGCGGCGAUGGAGGGCGCCCAGGAGAAAUCCCCGGAGUCUAGCUCCUCUGCGCCCAGGUCCGGAGAGUCUACCGCCUCUGCCGGGGGCCCGGAGGUUUUGCCUCCCGAGGAGUCAGAGAACUGUGCCCUACCGCUGGAGACGGCUCCCAAGAAACUCUGCGGAUACUUAAGUAAGUUUGGCGGUAAGGGCCCCCUCCGGGGCUGGAAAUCUCGCUGGUUCUUUUACGACGAGAGGAAAUGUCACCUGUAUUACUCGCGGACUGCACAGGAUGCCAAUCCCUUGGACAGCAUCGAUCUCUCCAGUGCGGUCUUUGACUGCAAGGCAGACGCCGAGGAGGGGACUUUCGAAAUCAAGACUCCCACCCGGGUUAUUACCCUGAAGGCUGCCACCAAGCAAGUGAUGCUAUACUGGCUGCAGCAGCUGCAGAUGAAGCGCUGGGAGUUCCACAACAGCCUGCCUGCACCUCCCGCCGCCCCCGAAGCUGCCCUGGCUGGGAACGAGCCUGCCCUGCGCCUUGAGCUAGAGCAAGGGGAGGCAGAGCUGCAGGAGUUCCUGUGCCCUGUGAAAACCCCCCCUGGACUUGUGGGUGCAGAUGCCGCCUUGCAGCCAGCCCCCGCCAUGCCCCUGGCCCUUCAGAAUAUCUCCCUCAAGCACCUGGGGACGGAAAUACAAAACACAAUGUGCAACAUCCGGGGCAACAGACAGGCCCAAGGAACAGGCCAUGGACCUCCAGGGGAAGAUUCGCCGCAGAGCAGGGAGCCCCAGAAGGAGGAGCCACCCUCACCCCCUGACCCCAGUGCCCCAGGGAAAGAUCCAGGGGAUUCUCCGAAGCCUACACCCAAGCCAUCUCUGACUGCCAAUCUCAUUCAAAAAGCCAAGCGCCAGAACAGCAACUUCCCGCUCCUCGCUGAAGGACUCACGAGAAACCGCACUGCCCAGGAGAAAGCCUUGGCCUUGGAACAGCAGGUUCUGAUGCUUACCAAGGAGUUAAAGUCUCAGAAGGAGCUGGUGAGGAUCCUGCACAAGGCGCUGGAGGCUGCCCAGCAGGAGAAGAGGGUGACCAGCGCGUACCUGGCAGCGGCGGAGGACAAGGACCGGCUGGAGCUGGUGCGGCACAAAGUGCGGCAGAUCGUGGAGCUGGGCCAGCGGGUGGAGGCCCUGGAGCAGGAGCGGGACGGCCUGGCCCAGACGGCGAGCCUGCGGGAGCAGGAGGUGCAGGAGCUGCGGCAGCACGUGCAGCUGCUCAUGGACAAGAACGAGGCCAAGCAGCAGGUCAUCUGCAGGCUGUCUGAGCAGCUCACCCAGGACUCCAUGCAGCCCCCUGACAAGCCCCUCGUGCCCUCAGACGCUGCCGACAGUGACCUCCUGAGCCAACAGGAGAAGAUGGAGCACCUGAAGGAUGACAUGGAAGCAUACCGGACCCAGAACCGCUUCCUCAAUUCCGAGAUCCACCAGGUCACCAAGAUCUGGAGAAAGGUGGCUGAGAAGGAGAGGGCCCUCCUGAUGAAGUGUGCCUACCUCCAAGCCAGGAACUGCCAGGUGGAGAGCAAGUACCUGGCAGGGCUGCGGAGGCUGCAGGAGGCCAUGGGCAGCGAAGCCAGCGAGUGCGCGGAGCUGCUCAGGCAGCUCAUCCAGGAGGCUCUGCAGUGGGAAGCCAGCGAGGCCUCUGCUGAGGCUGUGGCGCUGAGCCCCAUCAGCAGUGAGUAUGAUGAAUACGGCUUCCUGACGGUGCCCAACUACGAGGUGGAAGACCUGAAGCUGCUGGCCAAGAUCCAGGCACUGGAGGUGCGCUCCCACCACCUGCUGGCCCACGAGGCUAUGGAGCGACCCCUGCGAGAGCGCUGGGCUGCGCUGGGUGAGCUCGCACCCUCCGUGGAGCUCAAGCAGCUGUUACGCAUGGGUGUGUCUCAAGAGCACCGGCCUCGUGUCUGGAGGUGGCUGGUCCACCGCCGCCUCCAGCACCUGCAGGUCCCUGGCCGCUACCAGGAGCUGCUGAGCCAGGGCCAGACCUGCAAGCACCCCGCUGCCCGCCAGAUCGAGCUGGACCUGAACCGAACCUUCCCCAACAACAAGCACUUCACCUGCCCCACCUCCAGCUUGCCAGACAAGCUCCACCGGGUGCUGUUGGCCUUCUCCUGGCAGAACCCCUCCAUUGGCUACUGCCAGGGCCUGAACAGGCUGGCGGCCAUCGCUCUGCUGGUCCUAGAUGAAGAGGAGAGUGCCUUCUGGUGCCUGGUGGCCAUUGUGGAGACCAUUAUGCCAGCUGAUUACUACAGCAAGACGCUGACAGCGUCCCAGGUGGACCAGCGGGUGCUCCAGGACCUCCUCUCGGAGAAGCUGCCCAAGCUGAUGGCCCACCUGGGGCAGCACCGCGUGGACCUCUCUUUCAUCACCUUGAACUGGUUCCUCGUGGUCUUUGCUGACAGUCUUAUCAGCAGUAUCCUCCUGCAGGUCUGGGACGCCUUCCUCUAUGAGGGCACCAAGGUGCUGUUCCGCUACGCCUUGGCCAUUUUCAAGUACAACGAGGAGGAGAUCAUGAGGCUGCAGGACAGCCUGGAGAUCUACCAGUACCUGCGCUUCUUCACCAAGACCAUUUGCAACAGCCGGAAACUGAUGAACAUCGCCUUCAACGACAUGAACCCCUUUCGCAUGAAACAGCUGCGGCAGCUGCGGACAGCGCACCGAGAGCGGCUGGAGGCCGAGCUGCGGGAGCUGGAGCUGCUCAAGGCCGAGUACUUGGAGACCCGGGCGUCCCUGGACCCAGUGAUGCCAGAGGGUUGCACCAGCGAGGACGAGGGGGACGGGGAGGCCUGACUGGCCACUGGUGUUCCCCAAAGCACUUUCUCACUCUCAACCGGCAGGCCCACAGGAGGACAGCCACGGAGCAGGGGUCCAGCCCCAUGAGCCCCCAUCACUGGGUGACGCUGGGCGAGCCCCUCCCCUCUCUGGGUGCCAGCCUCCCAUUGGACCCUGUCUGCCGGUCAGGCUCUCUCCCCACGCAUGCGCACCGGGGCUGCUGCCCUUCCUCACUCCCUCUGAGCACUCUGCGUGCAGACCAGAGUGCUGACUCUGUGGGGAGCCUGGAGCGUUCCCUGAGUGUAUCUGUGUAAAACAGUGUAAAUGUGAGAAACAGUUCCCAAGCUUUGGAACUCACACGAUUCUCAGUAACUACCUGUUCCUGGCACUAGCACCUUCCCUGCCAGGGACAUCCCGGGCUGCUCUUCCAUGUCCCUAGGACCAGUGCCCCCCCCCCCACGCCCGUGAGGAGCUAGGGCCCCUGUGCACAUGGGGCUUCUGUCUCUCUGGGUGAGAGCACGUCUCCAGUGCUGGGCGGACCUGUGUUCCAGGCCCAGCUCCUGACUGCCGGGGCCUGUUCCUGAGCCUUGGACCUGUGCCCCCCUUUCUGUUCACAGCCCACCUGGGUGGGAGCGGGGCUCCCCAGGAAACCCCUGCCCACCACCAGGAGGAGUGGGGUAUGGGCAGAGAGCCCGGGAUCUGUUGUCCCCUGGUCUCCCAGCACCAGCCACACCAGCCUCAUAGGCCUCUUCUCAGAGAAUGGGUGUUGGGAGGUGGGGAAAGGCAGUGAGAGGGACAGCUGCAGCCCGUCCCCACGUCAGGGCUCCCCAGAACUCCUUUUCAAUUCUGGGCUGGUCCAGGCCCUUCCUCAGCAGACAGAGGCUUCCGCCACCCGCUCCAGGCCGGGUCAAGGCCAUCAGGUAACUAUGGCAGCUCAUUUCUCAGUGGAACCCGUGACUGAGGUCAGCAGUCUUUGGUUCAAAGGACUGGGGGUGCCAGAUUCUGGCAUGGAAACCUAGCUCUGCUCUGAGGCUCUCUGCAGGGCCCGAGAGGAGGCCACGCCCAUCACUGGGGACAGAGACUGGCCCUCUGUCACUCACAGGCCUAGUACUGGGUUGGCACAUCCGGCUCCCACUUCCCCCACGCACAGCCCUGGACAGCCCUGGGGAGGGCACACUCUGGUUCCCUUCCUACGACAUUCACAAGGGACUCCAGGACGCCAGGUUUCCUGCAGAUUCUCCACACGGGCCUGGUGGCCUUUCUCCUUUUUACUGUCCUUAUAUGCCGAGGCCCUUUCAUCACCAGACAGUAUCUGUGCAGUGUGAUGGCUGGACUGGAGGGUCCUGGCUGUGCCCCCAGCAGACUGGGUGCAGUAAGCCCAUGGGCCGUCACUGGGAGACAAGGAGACACAGCUGGUGCUGAGCCUGGUGCCCGGUAUAGUGCGGUGCGGCCAUGGGCAGAGUGCCCCCCCCUUUUUAAGAUUUUAUUUAUCUUUAGAGGGGAAGGGAAGGAGAGAGGGAGAGAAAUAUCAAUGUAUGGUUGCCUCUCACACGUCCCCUGCUGGGAACUGGCCUGCAACCUACGCAUGUGCCCUGACUGGGAAUCAAAUCGUAAUCCUUUGGUUUGCAGGCCCGUGCUCAAUCCACUGACCUACAUGAACCGGGGCUAGAGUGGCCCUUUCAUGCAGAAGAUGCCGGGAGAAGGCCCAAGGCUCCCAGAGACUCUGGGCCCAGCUGGGCCCUUGGACUCCAGCCUUGAAAACCAAAUUCCUUCCUCCGAAAAAAGUACACAGUCCCAGAUCAGGCAGAGGCUUCCAGAUAAAUGGCACCCAGCUCUCCUGUCCCUCCUCCCUACCCACUCCCACCUCUUCCUUCUUCAGUCGACCCUCAGCUUCCCCUCCAGCCCUGGCCCAUUCUCUCCCUCCCCUGCCUCCCUCAUCUCCCACCCUUCUUCCCCUCUCCUUCACAGUCAACCCAGCCCUGUGUAACCCGACCUGUCCCUACGUGACUACACCACAGAAUCGCCCAAGCAGCUUUUUAAAAAUACUGGUGCUGGGCCCCUCGGAGCCUGUUGCAGGGCAUGGGCAUUACGACACCCAGAGGCUGGAGGCCCACAGAACAAUGAGGACCAAUGCAUGGGGCCUCCUCCGGUCCUGUAGACGGACGGACAGACAAGAGCCAGAGCCAGGAAUGAGAGCUCCCUGCCCUGGAGCCCCCAGCCACUGCAGGCCAAGCUGGGUUUACAGAUGAGGGGCGAAAGGGUCAGGCUGGUCCACUUGCCUAGAGUCACACAGCCACGGGAAGUUUAAGCCACACUCAUAUCUAAAGUCCCUAAGUACAAAACUAGGGAGGGCUCCUCCCUGCUCCCCACCUCUUAUAUGGAACCUAGAACACCUCCUGAGGACGCAGAGGAAAGGGCGGGCCUGGCCCUCAGCCAGCUGAGUGGUCGGUACAGGUCUGUGGGGUUGGCUCCAGGCAGGGGAGAAUAGGAGGAAGUGCCUCCCACCCCACCAGCUGGCCAUAGCGGGGACAGGUGGGGGAGGAGGCAGUCCUGACAAGGCCUGGGGCUGCUGCUGCCGCUGUUCCUAGAGAGCCAGCCCACCCUCCCCUUGCUCCCCCUGGAGGGUUUGGGGGCCUACCGCUGGUGUCAGGUUCCUGGCCCUGCAUGGCAGCUGUCGCCCCCAUCCCCAGGGGCCAAAGCCUUCCAGGGCUGGAGGAUCUGAUCCCUCACAGCCCCACCUUCCUACCCCAGGGGAUGGGACCUCUUGCUCAAAGCAUCCCUCUCCAGGCGUUAGACCCCCAGCACACUGAGGUCGGCACUCCAUUCUACAGAGAAGGUAGAAGGAGUUAUCCAGGGGACCUCCCUGGGCAGAAACUCCCAAGAAUACAGGGACUCAAAGCAGGCAAACAGGCCUGGAGGGCACUCUAGGAGCCCCCCACCACAGACCAUCUGCCUUCAGGGCCACUCCUCCCCCUCACCUCCUGGGAGUGGCUGCCUCUAUUUCCCCUCAAUCUCCCAAGGGCACAAGGCCGUUUGGUGCAGAGAGCUCCACACUGGGCAGGUAGGUGGAGAACUUGCCUCAUACAUACACAUCUUUUGGUCCCUUCCACGGCCAAUUAAACAAAAUAGUCUAUGCUGCCACAGAGGGAAGAAAGGUGGUGGUUUCCUGGCCCCUCCCAAUCAGCAGUGUGGCUCAGUACAAGGUACUGGCAUAUAAGCCCAACUUUGGAGCUGGACCUAUUAUGUGGCUUUCUAGCUAGGAGCCCAUGGGCAAGUCACCUCCACUCUGGUCUCAGUAUCCCCAUGUGUACAAUGCAGACACUGGUCCGGGAAUAGCCUUCCUUAAAUGGACCUGGGUUAGGGGGAGGGGAAGGGCAGGAAAGUGAGGACCCCCCCUCCAUAUACACACAGCAUCUCCAAGAAGGGUCCUUAUUACAGAACCCUCCAGUGGCCUCCCCUCUGCCCCUUGGUCCACAUGCCCACAGGCCCCAGAGGUCCCUGUCAAACCAGCUUUCCCCCAAACAGCCCCAGCCACCUACCUCCAUGGCAGGGGGUGGGAUGAUGCAAAAGCAAGGCUGGGAGGGCACAUCCACAGAGCAUCUGGGACGGCUUCCUGGGGAGGCAGGGGUGCCAGUGCCAAGCCUGGAAGGGAAGAUGAGUAGGUUUAGGCAGUGGGAGGUGAUGCGGCAAGAGAAUUCCUCAUGGAAGAGAGAGUGCGAGCAAAGGCACAGAGGUGUGUGUGUGCAAGGGGGUGGGAGGAUGCGCGAGAGAUACUGCCUGCGCCGCAGCUGAAUUAAGACAUUGAGAUGCUUUAGUCUUCAAAAGGCUAUGGUGCCCACCCCCCAGGUGUAAUUAAAAAUAAAGGAAACACUGGACCAUAAG